AUGCCGAUACCCGAGGCUCCUGCGACACUACGGAACCGUCACCCCGUCCGCCACCCUACAACUCGUCCGUCGUCUGCCAUCCCUAGCCCUUCGGCCACACAGGGUCCAACACCUCGUCAUGAGUCUGACACUGGCCUUCGUGGACAUAGCAAAGCUCUCAGGGCAUACUCUCGCCGCAAGCCCUUACCGCCCAUCCCCGGAAGUUCCCCGAGCUCGCCGGACUGCACAGAGAGAGUCACUCUUGAGGUCACUACGCCACUCCCGCCGCCGGUCGAACAGUUGCCUGUUGAGACAAACUCGGCUCACCUUCGGGAACCUCAAUUGGCAGCUGCAGGAUUCUCCCCAGCGCAAGUACUGCACGUCAUGGGAUCGUCUGUACAACGGACAUCCUCGUCACUUCGUGCUCCAGCAGCCGAUCCCAACAUAGGUCCUCCACCAGGUCUAACAAAGCGCCCGGCAGUUAGACAGGAUGGAUUGCCGUAUGCUCUUCUUCCCGCCGAAAGGCGACAUAGCUCACCGUCUGGCAUGCACCCUCCUCCGCUCGGGACGACAUGCGUGCGGAUGCCUGGUACGGGCUCGGACGGCAAACCGAUGGCUAUCGAGUUCGACUUCUUGGGCUUGCUCUCUCCAGAGCGUCAAAUUCUCGGAGCUUUCGCCCGCCCCGAAAGUAGUGACCUCGCCUACUUCCCGCGGAUGGUCGCUGUGAAGAUGAUACGCAAAGCUGAGCUUGCGGCAAACAACGAGAUGUACCUAUGGUUGACUGUCGAAGUCGAAACCAUGAAGAAACUUGCCGGAGAAAAUUAUAUCGCUAGCGCGUUGGCGGUGUUUCAAGAUGCCGACUUCAUCUACGUCGUCUCGAGAUGGUAUGCGGGUGAUCUGGCCGACUACAUGACAUCAUGGACUGAUCGCACCAUUACCUCCUUCCCUCCGUCUUCGGUGCAAGGGAUGCGGGUGAUGGCACCCGAUGUAUUCCGCUUCUAUGCAGGCGAGCUCCUCUUGGCAAUGGGGACGAUGAGAGAUCUGAAUAUAGUGCAUGCCGAUGUGAAACCGGCAAACAUCUUCGUCUCACCUAACGGCCAUCUCGCGCUCGCUGACUUCGAUCGCUCGUUCGUGGAUGUAUCGCGAGCGAGACAAGAACAAGGCUGCGCUUACGAGGACGUGUCGCUAGAUAUCUUAGCCGGCACGCCUAGAUAUAUGGCACCAGAAGUUCUUCAGCAUCUCAUGUGGCAAGCUGAUGGACCUGCGCCACGGGAGAUUGUUACACCUCGGGCAGAUCUCUGGAGUUUGGGUCUAACAUUACUCGAAUUCGCGCUUUGUGCAGCGCUUCGUGACGAGUAUACUCCUGGAGAGUUUCACGAGGGAUUUUUUGAGGCAACGAUGAGUAAGAACGGCGAAGCUUCUGGGCCACGAGACCUCAGUCUUGAGGAAAGACUUGCGAGAGUGUUGGAUCCCAUUUUCUUGAGGAGGUGUGAAGAGUUCUUCCAUUCUGACGUGUACGCCUUCUUCCACAAGUUACUAUCCACAGACCCAAGGGCUCGAGGCACGAUCGACGAGCUGAUGAAACAUUCGCUCUUCACUGGCAUGGACUGGAACAGCCUCCGCACUGGCACCAGUACACCCAUGCUCGUGGAAGUAGGCGCGUGCCCACGCCAGGAGCGGGCCGCAAUUGGACCGCUGAACAUGCUGCCGGCUUCUCUUUUCCGUCCCUUCCUGAGCGGUGGACAUAACCGAAGUCACCUUUUCCCAAAAGGCAUGGUCUUCACACUUUCCUAUGAUCAGUUCUCCGAUUGGAUAGCGCCUUGCGGGCCCUCUGAGGCAGAUGACCUACAUGGACUGGUGGUGCCGGUUCAACAACUUCCUUUACAGCCUCAGCUGCCUGUACUGGCACCCCAUAUGGGAAGGUAG